GAAGUGUGUUCAAUCCGAGAGGGCUUUCUCUGGAAGCAAACAUUACAAAUCUUAUGAUUACGAGUAAAACUGUGAGAAGAGCUAAAACAAGAGUGCACACCAGUUUGAAGCAAGAAAUAGGAUGCAAAGUUUGUAAAAUAUUUACACACUAUCACUCUGUAGCGUUCACAGGGCACACUGCAGUGUUUUUGAAUGGAGAUGACUACUUGCUUGAUAAGGAUUAAAAAAUACCCUUUAACUAUUUGGUUGAUAACCACAUUGUAUUUUGGAAAAAUUGUUUGUGGGGGUAACAUUGAAAUUAAUGGUCUCUGUGGUGGACGAGACUGUUCUGCUUGCCAAUGUUUUCCAGCCAAAGGAUCUCGGGUUCCAAGUGAAGGGUCGACAAGGUGAUCUAGGUUCCCAGGGCCCAUCUGGCCCACAGGGGCCACCAGGACCUCCUGGAUUACAAGGAGCAAAAGGAAGCAGUGGAGAACCUGGCUAUCCUGGUCAUACAGGGGAUCGGGGAGAUAUGGGCCCUAUGGGUGUUCCAGGAUUUCAUGGCAUCAGAGGUAUAGAUGGUUUACCAGGUUUUGCUGGUCCAAUGGGUCCUCCAGGUGCUGAUGGCUGCAAAGGAAUGCAAGGUGUUGAUGGAGCCCCUGGAUAUCCAGGAAUUCAUGGAACAACAGGAAUACAAGGUAUUCCUGGGCAAAAGGGACAGAAAGGAGAGCCCAUCACAGUCUACGUUUGCAUAAAAGGUCUACCUGGUGACGGAGGCCUUCCUGGACUACCUGGAGGAGAUGGAGCAGAGGGUCCACAUGGCCUUAAAGGAGCUAGGGGUCCUGCAGGCGUGCCUGGUCCAAAGGGAACCCACGGCGUGGUUGGUCUGCAAGGUGAAAGGGGUGUACCAGGAAGGCCAUCACCAGGACCUAAAGGCAAUCAGGGUGAACAAGGCCCACCUGGACCACCUGGAAAAUAUGAACUUAUUAAUACUCCUGACUUUUGCAAUAAAGGAGAAAAGGGAGAAAAAGGAAAAGAAGGUAGAACUGGAAUUCCUGGCCUCCCAUCAGUUCCUCUUCAAGGAGCAAAAGGAGAAAAGGGAGUCAUUGGAUUUCCUGGGAGUCGAGGUAAUCCCGGUUCUCAGGGAAAACCUGGCUUUCGUGGAAGGAUGGGGGCAAAAGGAUUUCAGGGACUGCCUGGAUUAAAUGGAUUUCCUGGACAAAAGGGUCAAAAAGGCGACCUUGGUGAUGCAGGUCCUGUUGAAUAUGUGACUUCAGAAACACCAGGUCCUCUUGGAGAUAUUGGCUUUCCUGGUUUCCCUGGCCCUGAUGGAGAAGAUGGUUGCCCUGGUCAGCCAGGUUUACCAGGACCCAGUGGAAUAUCUGAUAGUGCAAGACCAUUUGGAAUACCAGGGCUUCCUGGACCUCUAGGACCUAAAGGAUAUAAAGGCGAAAUAGGAAAAACAGAUGUUGACAUUGGUCCUCCAGGGAAGAGAGGGCCUCCAGGAUUACCUGGCCCUGUCGGUCAACCUGGACCAGCAGUCACAAUUGAGGUUUGCGUCUUGGGACCUUUGGGAGGAACAGGAGAAAAGGGAAAGAGAGGCCCUCCUGGCUUCAUUGGAGUAAAAGGUUAUAAAGGUAUUGCUGGAGACUGUUUAUUUAAUAUAUCAAUGGAUAUGAUGAAAGGAUCUCCCGGAUUUCCAGGAGAGAGAGGUUUUCCAGGGAGAUAUGGAUCACAGGGUGAAACUGGAGACCCUGGUAAUCCUGGGCCAAUGGGUUUGGUAGGACUAAAAGGUAUGCCAGGGAUACCAGGAGAACCAGGUCAAAAGGGGAUGAAAGGCACUAUGACUAUGAUGGACAUUAAAGGUGACAAAGGAGAGAAAGGAAAUCCAGGGUAUGUUGGAUUUGGAGGUGUACAGGGAAGACCUGGUCUUGAUGGUCUCAAUGGACUGAUGGGAAAACCAGGAGAAACCGGAGAAAGGGGUCCUAUUAUGAAAGGAGAAAAGGGAUUACCAGGUUCAGAAGGGCAACCAGGUCCAACAGGUUUCCGAGGCCCUCCUGGACCUGGAAUUGCGGGCCCCAUUGGAAAACGAGGCUUUCCAGGAGAUUCAGGUCCACCAGGUAUCACUGGUGCCCCAGGCAAUAAAGGACAGAAAGGAGAUGAGCCUGUUUCACCUUGCCCACCUUCAGAUAUGACAGGGGUCCCAGGUCCAAAAGGAUUUCAAGGAGUCCCAGGCGAAAGGGGUUUUCCUGGAGACCGAGGAUUUCCUGGUCGCAAUGGUCUUGAUGGCCCAAAAGGAGAAAAGGGUGAUCAAGGAUUCCCAGGUGCACCUGGACUUGCUGGUAUUCGAGGAAGUACAGGAGAGCAGGGUGAUACAGGUCCCGAAGGAUUAAGAAUAGAUGGUCUCCCAGGUCUCCCAGGUCUCUCAGGUUUACUUGGUCUAAAAGGACAUCCUGGAGACUCCGCCAUCGGCAGUACAGGAAGCCCUGGACAGAAAGGCUUGCCAGGACUCAAUGGCCUCAAAGGACAUACUGGAGAACCAGGAAUUCCAGGAAUCAAUGGAGUCCCUGGAGAGCCGGGUCUUUCAGGUUUCAAAGGACUUCCUGGUGACCCAGGAAUCAUGGGACCACUCGGGCUGCAGGGGGAACCACCAGCAGUCUGUGAUCCCGGACCACCAGGAUUACCAGGUCUUGAAGGGGAUAUGGGUCCUCAAGGGCUUUCAGGUUUUAAAGGCUUGAAAGGAGAAGUGGGCCUUCCAGGUGUGCCAGGACUGCCUAGGAUCAAAGGACUUAAAGGCAUUCCAGGGAUACCUGGAAUUCCUGGCCAACAAGGUUCCCCGGGUCAACCAGGAUGCCCAGGAGACAUUGGUCAUUCAGGUCCACCAGGACCACCAGGAUUGCGAGGUGCUUCGGGCAUUGAAGGUUUCCCUGGACCUUGCGGAAUACCUGGGAUACCUGGAUCUCCAGGGUCAAAAGGAGAAAAAGGUUUUGAUGGCAAAAGAGGCUACGCAGGGGAUAUAGGAAACCAAGGAGAAAAAGGUGUUAAAGGUGUCCUAGGAUUCCAAGGAGAGGUUCAGAUUAACUACAUCAGAGGAGACGGAGGAGACCCUGGCUUUCCAGGAGAGAUUGGAUUUACUGGGCCAAGAGGUGAGAAGGGCCUAUCUGGCCUCAAAGGUUUACCUGGAGAUGAUGGCACAGAUGGCCCUCCUGGAUUUUUGCCUGGCAUAGAUGGUAAAAGGGGGCUUCCUGGCCUACCUGGAUCACCUGGAAUGCCAGGUUCAAAAGGCUAUAAUGGGAUAAUUGGAUUUCCUGGAAUGAAUGGUGACCAUGGAGAUCCUGGUUUAUCAGGUACUGUUGGCAGUCCAGGUUUUCCAGGAUUGAAAGGAAUUAAAGGUGACCAAGGAGAUACUGUUGUCAUGCCGGGAAUUCCUGGACCAAAAGGGCUUCCAGGUGACAGAGGAAAUUCAGGAAGGCAAGGUCAAGCAGGAGAUCCAGGUUUUCCAGGCUCAUAUGGACAACCAGGAGAACGAGGUGUACCAGGCGCUCCUGGAAGUCGAGGAAAACCAGGAGAACAAGGUCAAAUGGGUGUUAUUGGUCUAUGUGGCCAAAAUGGAUUGGAGGGGCCUCCAGGAGUUCCAGGAUCCCUUGGAGUACCAGGACCUGACGGUGAUGGAGGACUUAGAGGGCCACCUGGACCACUUGGUCUACAUGGUCUUGAUGGACUAAAAGGACAAAAAGGACAAAAAGGAUCUCCAGGAAGAAGUGAUGAGGGUGAACCUGGGAUCAGUGGACAGCCUGGUGUUAAAGGUGAUCCUGGUGAUCAGGGGUCUCCUGGCAUAUAUGAGAAUGGUCCUAAAGGGUCACAGGGUCCUAAAGGUUACACAGGAAGUCAAGGUCCCUUGGGUCCUCCUGGUCCUCCAGGUCCAGCAGCUGGACCAUGUGAGGGAGCCCCCCAUGGACCUCCUGGUGACACUGGGCUUUCAGGCGUUGAUGGUCAGCAAGGUCCUCCUGGCUACCCAGGUCAUCCUGGCUCAGUCAUCUUAAUAAAAGGAGAUCCAGGAGAUGAUGGAAUGAUUGGACUACCAGGCCUUCGUGGAAAUACAGGCUUUUCAGGAUGUCCUGGCACUCCUGGAGAUAUUGGAUCACCAGGACAGAAGGGUGAACAAGGAAUCUAUGGACCUAAUGGACUACAAGGUCCUCCUGGACCACCAGGGGUGUGUGGUGAAUAUGGUCAGCCUGGCGAUCCUGGAAGCCCAGGAGAUGUGGGUGAUAAAGGUUCACAGGGUCGAACGAUUAGAAGACAAUGUGAUCCAGCACUGCCAGGACAGAAUGGACCAUCUGGAUUACAAGGACUACGGGGGCCAGCCGGUCCUCUGGGCAUUUUUGGUGAAGUUGGACUCAGAGGUGACAAAGGUUUACAAGGAUCCCCCGGAUUGCCUGGAAAAGAAGGCACUGUUGGUUUACAAGGCCCACCAGGAGAUACAGGAUAUCCAGGAGAAAGAGGAGAUACUGGACCCCAAGGUCUGCCUGGUCCUGCAGGGAACCCGGGAUCCCCAGGGCUGAGUAGAAAGACUAACUUUGGGUUCCUGCUGGUCAUGCACAGUCAGACAGAGAAUGUGCCAAAGUGCCCAAAUGACAUGACAACUCUGUGGAAUGGCUAUAGCUUAUUAUAUUUGGAAGCACAAGAGAAGGCUGACAGCCAAGAUCUUGGCCUGGCUGGAUCAUGUCUACCGAUGUUUAGCACAAUGCCAUUUGCUUACUGCAAUGUCAAUGGAGUCUGCCAGUACGGUAGAAGAAAUGACAAGUCUUACUGGUUGUCCACGGCAGCACCUAUUCCAAUGGCGCCAGUCUCAGAAGAAGACAUCCGUCCAUAUAUAAGCCGAUGCUCCGUGUGUGAAGUUCCUUCUCAAGUCAUUGCUGUCCACAGUCAGGAGCAGAGCAUUCCUCAGUGUCCUUCUGGAUGGAGAAGUCUUUGGAUUGGCUACUCAUUUUUAAUGCACACUGCAGCAGGAGAUGAAGGAGGUGGGCAGUCGUUGACGUCACCCGGAAGUUGCCUUCAGGACUUCAGAACCAUUCCAUUCAUCGAAUGCCAAGGAGCACAAGGGACUUGCCAUUACUUUUCGAACAUCUACAGUUUCUGGCUCACAACCAUUAAAGAAGACAGACAGUUUAGACGCAACCAUUCAUCUGAGACACUGCGUGACGAGCAACUGAAAAGACAGAGGGUUAGCCGAUGCCAAGUGUGCAUGAAAGAAUGAAUGAACAGAAAUGGCACUUCAGCUGGCAACCAAAAGGUGCUGAAAAAAAAGAAUUACAGUGCAAAAUAUAAAAUUCAUACUCCUCAUCUUUAUCAUCAGUUCCCACUCUUUCAGUAUAAUGAAGAAAUACCAAUAAAAGUACUUAAGUGUUACUUAGAACAAAUAGUUU